AUUAGUUUUGAUAUUGGUUGACAGGAAGAUGAAGCACCGAACUUCAAGGAAGAAAUGCUUUCAGACUCUGAUCCAGAAAUGGAUAAUUUUCCACAUGAUGAGGACGAUCUGUCUAGCAUGGAUUCAAUGGGUAGCCCAGGAGAUGAAGAAGACCUGGAUGAAAGCAUUGGGUUGGAUCAAGGAGGAGAAGGAUUUCAAAGAAUUGCACCUGACUCUGUGGAUACCGGCUCUCCAGUUCAUGGUUCAGCUCAAUCGUUGUACAUGUCGGAAAAGUCAACUAAGAAGAAACUCGUGAUUCGUGAUGGAAAAAUAGUGGACAGAAUGAAGGCCCAGCGCAAGGAUAAAGGGAAAACAAGAUUCACUGCGUAUAUGUUGUGGGCGAAAGAGAUAAGGCAGGAACUGAUGAGAGCCAAUCCAGAACUAGAUUUCUCACAAACUAGUAAAAAGCUGGGUGAACUCUGGGCCACUGUUCCUUUCAAUAAGAAAUAUGUAAGUGCUUCAAAAUUACAAUUUCACAUAAUAACCACAUAUUGUUCAAGAUUAUUUUGUGCUUGAUGGAGCCUACAUAAG